UGUACAAUACUACCAUACACUUUGUGACUUGCCAUCAGGAGAGAGAGAGAGAGAGAGAGAAAAGAAGCGAGAGAGAGCGAGAGGCUCUCUCGCAGCCGCACGCUGGAGGAAACUCCUGUCAGAAAUCCAACGACUCCGCGCGCUCGGCACAGUCUCGUCGAAAACUCGCCGCGCGAAGCGCGCGUUUUGUCUCAACGACGAGCCUCGACGUUUUUUCCCGACGUGCUACCGCUCGCGAAAUUCUUUUUUUUAUUCAUUACUCGGCUCGAUAAUACGACAAUCGUUGCAACUUUGUUACGCGGGGUCGAGUGCUUGUUCCAACUACGCACGUGCGCGACCAACUUGCUUCAGCGAAUAUAUUCGACUCGGGUUUAUCUUUCGGAGGCUCGUCGAUUUUUUUCCGGCGUCUUUUCUUCCUCGUUCUACGAAAGAAACUGGACUAAAAUUCCAUUAUUUUUCUCUCUAAUUAUAUUAAAUUUUUGAUUCUAUUUAUGUCGAAAGUGAGUGAAGUCUCGGUGUUCGGACGUUCGAUCACACACGUAAUUUGUCAUCGGUUCACGGUCACUCAAUUCAUCUUGCUGGCAUCGAAAUAAAAGUGCAGGAAUAAGAGGAGUUCGAGGAUUUUUAGGCUCGUUUCACAUCGUCUAGCUCGUUGAUAAACUGCCGUGCUAUUUCCACGGUUCUGCACUGGAUUCUGCUCGAAGGCCGCAUCGAGAGUGGGUGACGAAGCCACGGGAGCCUGGUGCACGCGUCCUUCGAGCACGUGAAUCAAGAAAAAGAAGAGCGAGACUUUUUGCCUGGCUGUUUGCCGGAUUAAUUCUUUACCAAAAAUAGCCAGCGUCGGUUACACACUCUCAUUCCCGCUGAAUAUCCCUGAGUCGCUCCUCGUGGAAUUGUCCUAUUCGUAAAACAAGCACGAGAUCGAAUCGGACUGUAAAAAAAUGCAAAACUUUGUUAUUCGAGCGCGGUAUUAAUUCCGGCGAGUUGACUCACUCGCGUUUGCUUAUCCAGAGCAUCGGAGUCAUCAACUAUUCAUGAACUUGUUAUAAGUUUAUAAUUUAAUACGAGUUAUCGAAUCGGGAUCGCAAACGCGUGGGCUUCGUUAGAACGAGAGAAAAAAACGUUGGCAGCGAGAGAAUAUAGCAUGGUUCAAUGAUGGAGGUGAUUUCAACGCGCCGAUACGAAGCUCGUCCGCCUGCGAACUCUCAUUCCACCGGCAUAAUAUACGAUCCGGAGAACUCUAUAGCUACCGUCAAAGAAGAGGAAUGGGAAACGAGGAAGAAGAAGGAGAUCACGACGACGAGGCAGAUUGAGACGCGAGUGAAAAGGCAGGUCGUUCUCGAGGACGGUGAAAUAGUCGUUGAUUCGGGACCAUUGGUGACGACAAACACGACCGAGGAUGUCGAGCAACAGGAGCACACGACUCAGGAAAGAAGAACGACCGGGGACGAGCCCCAAGAAGUGGAAUGGCCCUCCGGUGGAAAAGCAAACGGUGCCAUUGUGCAGAAAGAGCUCAACGAGACCGUCGUCAGAAGCCGAGAAGAGAUCGAGGAGCGCCUUGAAACCGAAGAUCGACAACAACUCGGCGACAUAUCCGAUGAGGCAUACCAAAACGCUGUGCGAACGAACCGGGGCGAUUUGAGAAUAGCGUUGGCCGAGUCCUCGAAGCAGCUCGCUCUCCAGCCAGGACCACGAAUAUUGCAGCACACGACGAGGUCGAAUAAGGUCGUCGACACGGAAAAUAAGCUCGAACGGAGCGAGCUCAAACCCGACGGUCUCAUCGUCACGGAGUCGAGGAAAACGGUCGAACACGAAGAAAUUAAAGACGAGCCGGUGGCAGAGGACGAAGGGAGUGACGAAAGAUUGCACGAUGAGCCAUCGGAAACGCGCAAGGAGAGUUCGCAGCGAUUUUUGAAGAGGCGGGACGAGGAUUUGGUCGAUUACGUUUCGGGUGGCGAGAAAAUCGCCCGUGAAAUGCGUUACGUUUCCGAGACGACGGAGGGUGAACGUAUCGGGGAUUGGCCACCGCCACCAACGACAAUGCGGACGACUCGUCUGCACAAGCACGCCGGUUUCAACGCCGAAACUACGACAGCCGCGAGCCGGAAGGAUGCGGUUACGAAAAAACCUCUCGACCUCGAGGAAGAGGACGAGGCGCGAAAAUUCGAAACUUCCAAAUGGCUCGAGAGCCAUUUUGGUAGCGAAUCGAGGUCGUCCCACGGCUCCGUCGAAGCGGACGAUCCCCCCAUCCAAACUGGCACGAAUACGAGCUUCAUCAAUGUCACCAUGAAGUCCUGCACGCCUGCGAGGGACCGCGAUUACACGAGCCCCAAUUACCCUCGACACCAACAACGACGUACCAGCGGAAGAGACUCCGCCUCUCCUUCGGGAUAUUUUCAUGGGAUUAGCGAGUGGUCCGAGAGAUAUCAAGCGACUGAAAAGCCGAUGAACCACACGAGAACGGCCUCUCCCUCGCAUUACGUGAUCGAAACCCCGAGAAGCAACGGAUACAGGCACGACAGUCCAAGGAACCAGCCGGAGUCAUCGAGAAUUCAGAAAGAAGCAACGUACUCGAGAAGCUACGAGACAACUCGUCGUCAAACUCAAUCCGAACAGGAUCAGAAAAAAAAUCGUCACGAACAACGUCUACGAGACGAACCACCAUCGCCUCCGGUUCGUCGCAGAGUUCGCGAACAGACGAUGUCGAGGUCCGAAGAGAAGAAUUCGUACAACGAACUUCCGGUGCGUACAGCGAGUCCGGUCCUCGUUGUCCAGAGGACCUGGGAAAACCGAAGCAAAGAUGUCCAGCAGCAAGUAACGAAUGUGGAGAGAAUCGAAACUCGACGUUACAGUCCACAAAAUGGCAAAACGUCACCGAGGUCACGAUCACCGUCCCCAGUUCAGAGGAUCGUCCAGCCGAGCCGUAGAGAAAAAAAGAGCGUGCUUGACAGUCCUGAAAAAAAUCAUAAAAGUCCCAGUCAUUCGAAAUACAAAAUCGGCGAAUCUUUUCGAAAACUCGUCGGUAAACUGAGGUCAGCAUCGUCCGAGAGAAAAACCAAACGAGCAGGAAGUAGUUCGACGUCCCAGCUGACCCCGACCGACGACGAUUCGACGUACCGUCAGUACAACGUUAUCGACAGAAAUAUUCCUCUGUUGAGCGAAGAUCUGCCGGAAGAUAAGCCUCCCGAACGACCCCCACGCUCCCCGAGAAACAACGCAAACACGAUUGUGAAAAACGUCAAAACAUCGAGAUCGAACGGCUACGCCAUUCACGAACCGAGCAACUAUCAUCAUCGCAAUGGCAAUUCGACACCUGUUCACAGGUAUUACGUGGGCGAAGAUCCAUACGCCGUUAGCAAUCGUGAGAGUUACAGCCGGGAGAAAGUCUAUCGAGAGGUCAGCAGCAAGCCUCAUGGAAGACCGAGGGGAACCACUCGAAAUGGUGUCGAACGUGACUACAGUGUCGAGUCAAACUCGCUUGGGCGAUUCAGCAAGUCGACGAGCAGGUUGACCAACGAAUACGAGAGGGACGAACAAUUCCGAAGCACGCAGACACUGCCCCGUAAAUUGCACUCCGUUGCUCACAAUGGGAGAACGAGUCAGUCGAACUCUCGUCGUCAAUUCGGCCAUUCGACAAACACGAUGAACCACGUUAAACAAACGACGGUACCGCCGGCCAGCCGAAACAAUCAAUCACGUCAGUACGGUAGCAUGAUCAACAUUUCGAUAAAAAACGCUGUCACAUCGCAGAAACCGAACGCAUCGACGACCACGAAUUUUCAAGCUCCCACUAAACCCGAAAGAACCUACAAAUCUUCACUCUCACGAAGCAAGAGUUUCAACGUCGAAGCGAGCAGAGGAAACGGCGAUCACUCGUCACCAAACGUCCCCUACAAAUCUAACUUACAAUUAAAUCGGCUCGACGAAACUCCGCCCCUCAAAAGUCCAGGUAUCCUCGCCAGCAUCAGCCGGAGCAACAGAGAUUUAUUCAAAGCCACUAAAUACGAGUAUUAACUUUGAAAAACAAGAUUUAACGUCACUUGAUUCUUCCAAAUUAUCCGAAAUUUCAUACCCACUUCGCCAUCUUUGUAUUCUUUUCGCUCAAGUUUAUCCGAACUUGUUGAACGAAGUUCGAAGAUUCCUUCGUAUUCGUAUCUUCUGGAAUAUGCGGAAAAUGCUUUGAUUUCUUGAAUUAGAGUGAUGAAAAAAAUCACUGUUCCAUGACAUAGGAGUUAACCGAUCGAGGAUUUACUCAUUUUUGUAAAUAUUUACACCCCCAAUUCAAGUGCAAUGAACUGUUUAUUUCUGCUGCCAGCAUCUACGUUGUUUUUAUAUUUUUUAUAAUGCGCGAUGUUCUCCAUCCAUACGUGGAUCUUGAGUUGAUCGAUAUUUUUUCGUCUCUAUCCAUCCACGUUCGUAGAUUUUUAAUCUCCGCCACCAAUGUGGAGCUCUGGGAACAUUAUUUAUUUAUUAUCAACUAAAAUUUGGAUUGAAAAAUUCAUUCAAUCGAACUAUGAAAAUUCGUUUUUCUUUUAACGAACCUAUAAACUUUCGAUGAAAUUUGUCGCUCUGGAAUGCCAAUAAAUGCCCCAUUGAAUCUGACAUUUGUUUGAAAAGUAAAUUAUAAAAGUUCGAACUAAUUAGAAAACCAAAAUACUAAUGGAAAAUAUUGUUUUUGUUGCUAUUCAACGGUGGGAACUUCAAUACCAUGAACUUUCAUGUGCCAAAAUCAAACCGAAAGUUCCGAUUAUUCGAAUCAUCGAUAAAUUGUCGGGUUUAUAGAAAAGAAAUUUUUCUGACAACGUGCGCGAUGCGAUUGUGUUACGCAUUUUUCACCUCCGAAGUUCAAUUUAUCGAAUACAAUAUUUUUGUUGAGACUGUACAUCGCAAUUUUGACCUCUUACGUUGAUAUUUUCCUGCCAAUUCAGCGUACCAAGUUUAUUCUUUUCCUUCGUACUUUGAAAAAUCCUUACGAUAUCUGCGUCCAACCAUAAACGACUCUAUAUUUUAUUAUUGUUGAGUAAGUUAAUGAAUUUAUAAAGUUCAAUUAAUUUUAUGAAAUAAAGAUUAUUUACGUACUUACCUAAA